CGUUCUUCACAAAAAAAAAUUGCCGGAAGUAAACACCGUUUUCUCUUUACCAUCGACCAAAGCGAUCUAGGCGGAUUCUGAUAGAAUUUUAGAACACGGCCAGAUACGCCAAGCAAAUAAUUCGGUUAAAGAAGCUUCGGAUGUCAUGUGGUUAGCUCGUUUUCUGUUGGCAAGGCACGGUUGAACGCCGACAAUGACCAACUCGAUGGCUUUUCAUACUCAGAUAGCCUCCAUCAUGGAGGUGCUAGCGAACGCAGCGGUUGCUGAGAUUUGUAAACUGGUAGACGAAGACUAUGCGGUAAUUCGUCUGGAAAUGACCCAAAGUCAGAGAGAGAACCGAGCUUUGAAAAGAAAACUACAGACGCUGGAAUUGAAGAUGGCCCGGGAACGCGCAGAAAGGACGAUGAGAGAGCGCGUCCUCGCAAAUCGUCCCGGAGUAAGCGUCAGGCUACUCGACAAGUUCAGAGCAGCAGCCGUAUCAAGAGGUGGAGGGAACCUUUCUGGCCAUCUUCGGAAUGUAGGAAAACCGGAAAGACAAGGCUCCUGGAAGAUCAAAGACCAGUCAGCUGCUGCCAAUGAGGGGCCAGACUCUUCUACCCAGGAUGUCAUCACAGUCAGAAUCCUUGAAGGGUCUGCAGAUGCAGAGGCCUCAGCUAGCAGCUCCAACCAGUCCCAGAUCAAGCAGGAGAUGACUGACCGUUGUCCAACUCCAUCUCCUCCACUCCCACCGGGCUCAGACAGACUCACACAUCUGUUCGAUUCAGAUGACGCAGGAGCGGAGGAGUGCCCUGUCAAGCAGGAGAGGAAGGAUGAGGAAGAAGGGGAGGAAGACACACUCAGGCAUGAGGGUGACAAUAUAGAUCUGACAAAAACUGUCGACGGAGACGGAGCCUUAGAGACGAGCACCAGAGCCUGGACUUCUCACCAUCAGGAUCUAGUGCAUUACUACCACGAGACAGACCCAGGACAGGGGCCAGAUCUGGAUCAGACUGGACAGUGUCUCCGUCCUACAGAAAACAGUCACUGGACAGGGGGGCCAGCACUCGGCCACCCAGGUCCGGCACUGGGGAUGUCUAACACAUGGGGCCAGAGGAGACAGGGAGCAGGAGUCUGCUUAGGGGCUGGACCUGGGGCAAGAGCUGGGUCUGGGUUAGGGCCUGGAAGUUUAGGCUCUGAGUGUCAGUCUGGUUCUGGAGCCAUAUAUGGGCUUCAGAUUGGGCCAGAUCCUGGUCAACACUCCUACCUCCCACCUCCACACGGUGUCAGACCAGACCAGAAGCAUCAACGGAGCCCAGCCUUCAACACGUUCUUCCACCCCAACACCCUGCACACAACAACAACAACCAGUGUAGUCUCAAGAACAAACCACAACACCGGUCCAAUGGCACCCUCCUCUUUGCCACUGCACCCCGAAAGAGCGGAGGGCAGGGGAAAGACGGACAGAGAGCGCCCCUACAGCUGCCCCACCUGUGGGAAGCGGUUUGCAGAGGCGGGCUACGUAAAGAAACAUCAGACAGUCCAUACAAAGGAAAAGCCGUUCAGGUGUAAACAGUGCUGGAAGAGCUUCUCCUUCCUCAGCAACCUCAUACGUCACAGGGGGGUGCACAGUGCCCAGGAUCAAGCCGGGGACUUGACGGGGGUACAUGGGGGGGCUAAUGCAUCCAUUUGAACCUGUGUCAGUUAAGAAUUGGUUUACAACACACUUGUAUUUGUCUGUAGGAGCCAAUUUACAUUUAUUGGUAAUUUUCAGGAGUGUGUGUGUGUAUGUGUGAUUGCUGUUUAGUGAGUGUGUUCCCUCUACAGAUCCAGCUAUAGGUCAGGUUGUCCUUACAGGAAAGGUCCUGGGGCCGUUAGGUGUGGUUGUUGGAUGAGAGAGCACAGUCUUUAGACUUUGUCUUGGAGUGUUGCUGACUCAUUGAUGCUUGUUUAGAACAAUACUCUUUAUUUUUUGAAUAAUUGGUUGAAUCAAUCAUUUGUUAUGGAAACAUGAUUUUAAAUAAAAAUGUAUAGCCUAUAAGAUGUUUUAUUUCAUCAAUUAAAAAAUAAUAAUAAUCUAAAUUGGA